AUGAAGAACGGGAAGCAAACUUCGCAACCCGAAAAGGGUUCUUCGAAGAUCUUGUCACUGACGGUUCUGUUUAUCGCAUUUUGCGGCUUCUCCUUCUAUCUUGGUGGGAUAUUUUGCUCUGAGAGACACAAGAUUGAGGCUAAAGAUGUCACAAGUACCACUACAAAGGCAGUAGCUUCCCCUAAGGAACCUACAGUUUCUCCACUUCAGAUCAAAUCUGUUUCGUUCCCGGAAUGUGGAUCAGAGUUCCAAGAUUACACACCCUGCACCGAUCCAAAGAGGUGGAAGAAGUACGGUGUUCAUCGCCUUAGUUUCUUGGAACGUCAUUGUCCUCCGAUUUACGAAAGAAACGAGUGUUUGAUUCCACCACCAGACGGGUAUAAACCACCUAUAAGAUGGCCCAAGAGCCGAGACCAGUGUUGGUACAGAAACGUGCCUUAUGAUUGGAUCAAUAAGCAAAAAUCAAACCAGCACUGGCUUAAGAAAGAAGGUGACAAGUUCUAUUUUCCGGGUGGUGGUACAAUGUUUCCUCGUGGAGUUAGUCACUAUGUUGAUUUGAUGCUAGAUCUGAUUCCUGGAAUGAAAGAUGGAACAGUCAGGACUGCAAUUGAUACUGGCUGUGGGGUUGCGAGCUGGGGAGGUGAUCUUUUGGACCGUGGGAUUCUAUCACUCUCUCUUGCUCCAAGAGAUAACCAUGAAGCUCAGGUUCAGUUUGCUCUUGAACGUGGAAUCCCUGCGAUUCUCGGGAUUAUCUCUACGCAACGUUUGCCUUUCCCUUCAAAUGCAUUUGAUAUGGCUCAUUGCUCAAGAUGUCUUAUUCCCUGGACUGAAUUCGGAGGAAUCUAUUUGCUUGAGAUUCACCGUAUAGUCCGACCUGGAGGUUUCUGGAUUCUUUCUGGUCCACCUGUGAACUAUAACAGACGGUGGAAGGGAUGGAACACGACCAUGGAAGAACAGAAAUCCGACUACGACAAGCUUCAGUCACUUCUAACCUCCAUGUGUUUCAAAAAGUACUCCCAAAAAGACGACAUAGCCGUGUGGCAGAAACUCUCAGACAAAUCUUGCUACGACAAAAUCGCAAAGAACAUGGAAGCUUACCCGCCCAAAUGUGACGACAGCAUAGAACCCGAUUCCGCUUGGUACACUCCGCUUCGUCCCUGCGUGGUUGCCCCGACCCCUAAAGUCAAGAAUUCGGGUCUAGGGUCAAUCCCAAAAUGGCCUGAGAGGCUAAACGUUGCACCAGAGAGAAUCUCGGAUGUUCACGGAGGGAGCGCGGCCGGUUUGAAACACGAUGACGGUAAAUGGAAGAACAGAGUCAAGCAUUACAAGAAACUUUUGCCAGCUCUUGGGACAGACAAGAUAAGGAACGUUAUGGAUAUGAACACGGUUUAUGGAGGCUUCGCUGCAGCUCUCAUCAAGGAUCCUAUUUGGGUCAUGAACGUCGUUUCGUCAUACAGCGCAAAUACGCUUCCUGUUGUCUUUGAUCGCGGUCUCAUUGGGACUUACCACGACUGGUGCGAGGCGUUCUCGACGUAUCCAAGAACAUAUGAUCUUCUUCACCUCGACAGCCUUUUCACCUUUGAGAGUCAGAGGUGCGAGAUGAAGCAUGUUCUACUCGAGAUGGACCGGAUCUUGCGACCGAGCGGAUACGUAAUAGUCCGAGAAUCGAGCUAUUUCAUGGACGCAAUCACGACUAUGGCCAAGGGAAUGAGGUGGAGUUGCCGGAAAGAGGAAACAGAGUAUGCCGUUAAAAGCGAGAAGGUUCUGGUUUGCCAGAAAAAGCUUUGGUUUUCGUCGAACCAAACCUCUUGA